UUCCAUUGAGCCAAUCAAGUGGCGAGCAGAUGCACCCAAAGACGUUCCAUUGGGGUUAAUUGGAACUGAACUAACCGGAUACUUUGAUUUUGUAUAUAAAGCGUUCGGUCAACACGUCGAACUGAUUCAAAGCCAAACAUAAUGUCGGGUACAACGGACACGCUGCCGCUUUACUUAACGCCACAGUUCUUCAGGCGCAGCCUGGAGCACGGCCUGCAGCAGCAGGACUUAAAAGUUCUGGACGUCCAGCUGACCGAUCUGACGCGCGGCGGCGAGAACUACUGCAGUAACAUAUAUCGAGCGAGUGUCAAGUACGAGACAGCCGAACGCAAGCAGUUGCACUGUUCGCUGAUUGUCAAGUGCAUGCCAGCCGAGAAGCAGGCUAUACUGGCACGCCUGCACAUCUAUAGCAAGGAGACCGUCUUCUACCUGCACAUCAAGCCAAAGCUGGAGGCGCUCAUGUGGCGUUCGGUUGCACACGAAGAACCCUGGACCUUGGGCGCCAGGCACUACUACUCAACUACGCAGCCCGAGCAGACCAUUAUAUUUGAGGACCUGUGCUGUGAGGGUUAUCAGCUGAAAUGCCGACAGCUGGGCCUGGAUGCGGCUCAUGCGAUGUUGGUGAUGCGUAAGCUGGCCGAGUAUCAUGCCCUGACUAUGAUCAUGGCCGAUCAUGAGCCCGAAACCGUGAUAGAUCGCUAUCCAUUUGGACUGCUGCACAUGGAUGCCAUCAAGUCGGAGCCCUUUAAGCUGCUCUUUGGCACUCAGCUGCUUAAGCUGGCGGCGUUGAUCAGUGAUUGUGAGGGGUUUGGCUCAAUAACGCGCAAACUCUAUCGCUAUCAUGAACAUUUUACGGAACGUGUGCUCAAAUCGGUUUACCCACUGCGAGGCGUUUAUAAUGUGCUCAACCACGGGGAUCUGUGGAUAAACAACAUAUUCUUCAAGUACGAUGAGCACAGCAAGGUGCAGCAGGUGAAAAUUAUUGACUUUCAGCUGUGCUUCUAUGGCAGCCUGGGCUUCGAUGUGAACUACUUUCUCAAUACCAGCCUGGAGCUGGAUGUGCUUAAGACGAAGCGUCAACAGCUGAUUGAUGGAUAUUUUGAUGCAUUGUUGGAUUGCUUGAAGCAGCUGCCCUGGCGCAAGCCAUUGCCCAAAUAUGACGAUAUUAUGGCCGAGAUACGUGAACGCGAGGCUUAUGGAUUUUUUGUCGCCUUUGGGUUCUUUCCGCUCAUGAGCAUGAUCGGCGUCGACUCGGAGGACAACUCAUUGAAGAACUUUCACGAUGAGGAGUUCGCCAGGCAGAAAGUGCAGCUCAUGUUCGAAGGCAACGCACGCACUCUCGAGAGUCUCAAGUUCACAUUGCAGCGUUUAGAUGAUUUGCAAGUCUUCGACUGAAGGCAACGGGCAGCGAAUGCAUUUCGUUAUUCAAAGCGGUUCAAAUACAUUAGAAAUUGCAUCAUUCUUUCAAUUGAGUCUCAACUGUUUUUCGAUUAUUUUGUGAAUUUAUUACUUAAGGCCCGGGUUCACAAAUAGUGCAAAUUGUUUAUUGUUUUAAGCCAUGACCAAAUGUCAUUCUGAUUAUAUAAGAUCUUUUCUGAUAUAGCUGCCGACGUAUAAUGCAAAUUACUAUUAUAAAGCGUUAAAGCGUGGCAGAGAAUCAUUUACAAAAUAAAUAAUAUAUUAGC